AUGGACCUUCCGCCACGGUUUGCUGGUCCAGGAGAACUAUGUGAAGCGCUGCCUAACCCUCAUUCCGUGGCUCUGCAAGAUCAAAAAAUUCUUCGAAUCAAUGUGAGAGGGGCUUCUAGCUACCGAACGCACCAAAAAUAAGCAAUGCUUGGGACACUCUCUCAAUCACAGGGCUUGGUACUAUCCUUGCUGAAUUAUUUUCAACAAGAAAAGGAUGAUGGAGGGCCUCUAUUACCAUUGUUAGCUGUCCAAGAGGGUGGCUCAGGCACUAAGUAUCAGUUUGUCCACUAUUACCAGAAUACAGCGCCGUUUAUCAUCUAAUGAUAAUGUCCUAAGAUCACCUGGAAAGAAGAGACCCAGAAAAAAGUCUAAGACAACAGAUUUAUCUGAUGCAGUCAGGCAUAAUAUACGAGAUACAGUGUAUCAAAUGUGUAGUGAAAAGAAACAUGUCACAAUAGCAAAUUUGAAUAAAACGCUUAAAGAGAAAGAGCUUGCUUCUAUCAGCAAUAGCUCUUUACAAAGAGUGCUGCUCACCAUAGGCUUUAAAUAUAAAAAAGAUGGUAAUAGAAGAUUUCUAGUUGAGCAAUCCAGUAUUGCUUUACUUCGCACCAAAUUUUUGAGAAGUUAUAAUGACUAUGUGAACACUUCCUCGCAUCAAAUUGUUUUCAUGGAUGAAACAUGGAUAUUUUCAAAAGGCAGUCCAAAAAAGUCUUGGCAAGAUGAGUCAAUAAAAAGUGUAAG